AUAUUUUCCUGCGAGAGUUCUGAUAAAUAGAAUUGGAAAUUCUGCUUUCAUUCCACAAAAUUCGCAGACUUUUCUAUUAACGUUCGAAAAUUAUUUCAGUUUCGGGUUAAACUGUAAGCAAAGACUACACAUAAAGGAAAUCAACAAAUUUCAUCGCAUAUUCAUUAAGUCAAGAUAAUAAGAGAAUAUGGUGGACUUACAAGCAACAGGAGGAGUGAUAACCAUUCUCAUUAUCCUCGGUAUAUACGUGGUCCAAGGAGAAUCAGAGUGCAUCGUGAACGUCGGGUCUGACCUCCAGUACAAAUCUCCGUUACUAAUCAGUCCUGAUGAUGAAAUUGUGCUGGAUGGAUCACGAUUCGUGCUGCCAACUAAAGCAUCACGGAGAGUCAGCUUGCAAGAAGGAGAAGGGGUGGAGUUGUGGUGCCCCGGAAACAGCAAUCAAUUGAACAUCUCUGGGACGACAAGGGAUUUCAAAGAAACCAGCAUCACUUGCAACUCAGGCAUUGACUUCGAGUUCAGAGGAGCAUCUGCCCCGAUAACAGAGUUCCAGUGUACAGAUGUUCCACAGUCAACUAUAAGAGAGGUCGGAACAUGCUCCAGUGGUCAUAGAAGAUUACAAAUCGGUUACGAAACAUCAUUUGGCAAGUUCGUUCGUCUUAUCGAUAUCUGCUUCGAUGACACAAACUACCGGGCAUCUUACGUCAAUUACACACUAGUUGAUGGCAUUGAGAUCCGUCAGAACUUUCAACAAGUCAGCAACUUGAAUCAGGACGAUUAUUUUACCGGACUUCCCGAUUCACCGGACAUGUAUUACACGUGUUCAAAUCAACGCAGAGUAAUUGGGAAGCUAGUUGGUUCCUCGCGCGUUGGUCAGUUUAUUACAUGUUCAAAUAAUAUUAACUACUUAGUUGAAGCUCAUUUAGCAACCCCUUUAGAUUUCGUUUAUGUUGCCCAACAAAGAUCUACGCAGUACCAUGUAAAUGUUGUACCAAUGUGGCGCAGUAUCAGACAUGGCAACUGGAUUAAGUUAGAGGAGGAAAUAAGGAAGUACGCAAGUAACACAAGUCGAGAAGAUUCUCACGUUACUGUCUACUCCGGCACCCUUGGCGUCACUGCUAUCGGGAGUCGUAACCUUUUCCUUGGCAGACACAACAACGGCAAUGACGUAUUACCUGUGCCCAAAUGGAUCUGGAAGCUGGUUUACGAACCCAGUACACAGGAAGGCAUUGUAUUCUUGGUCGUGAAUAACCCAUACACGCUAAGCUUCACAUGCAGCUGUGUAUGUGCCCAGACAAAGUGGACUCUAGCUUGGAACAGAAGAGAUAAAAGUAGUGGUUACGUGUACUGUUGCUCAGUGGAUAAUUUCAGGAGGGUGUUCAGCGGGUUGCCUGAUUUUGAAGUUACAGGGUUACUCACAAAGAACAGGCCUUACACACGUGUGUUUCCUGAUAUUCGAGCAGAAUCUUACGCUGAUACGGAGCAAGUUAUGUCGUCUUCACUUCUUCUGACUCAACUGAGUCUAUUUGUUUUAUUAAUCUGUUUACUUUAUGGGCACCAUUGUGCAGGCGCUGGGGGAGUUUUAGGAAAAGCCGACAUAAGCGGAAGAGUGAACAGGAGAUUUGGAAGAAGUGGACCUUCGGAAACUAAUGUAAAUCAAACACAAAAUCAAGUACAAAAUGCAGGCUGCACGUUGCGGAUAAACUCUGACCUUGACAAGGACUCGCCGUUGCUCCUGAAGUCUUCUGGGUCGCUUGAUGGCAACCGCUUCUUCCUACCGACACCAGAGUCGGAUAUUCUUCACUUCAGAGCAAAAGAGAAGUUCUUGCUGGCUUGUCCUGGUACCGGAAACAGUCUCGUUGUUAACAAACGACAAAAAACCUUCAAAGAGACAUCAGCAUCCUGCGACUCAGGCAAGAAGUUCAAGAUAGAUGGAACAUCUACCAGUUUCCCUAACAUCACAUGUAAAGACACGCCUGAGUCCUCAAUUGUAAAAACCGGUAAGUGCAAUAUGAAUCAAUACGAUAAGCACUCCAUCGGAUUCAAGGUGAACACAGGGUUCAUCGGACUAAUGGAGGUGUGUUACGAUCCUCAGCGCCACACCACACUGUACAUCAAGUUCAUCAUCGUGCAAGGAGUGGAGAACCGCCAGAGGAAUGUACCCAGGCAGAACUACUUCAGAAAAAGCGGCUUCUUUAAGGGUCUUAAACCACCAAUUGAAUCAGUUUACAACUGCAGAAGCGGGCAGUAUGCCAUAUUUGCGAACUUGCUUGGCUCUGAAGAGCUAGCACAGCGAUAUAUCGAUUGCAGCAGUCGAGGAGGAGAGAGUCUCGAGAAGGGACACUUGGCCGCUUACGCUGAUUUCGUGUAUUACGCUCAACAGAAGGCAACGUUGCAUUACAUCAACACAGUGCCGCAGUGGCAAUCAUUCAAUGCUGGCAACUGGAAAAUUCUGGAAGAAAAAAUACGAAUAUAUGCCAAAGUCCAUAGUACCAAUCUCGUUGUUUAUGCUGGAUUUCACAAGGUGGCAAGACUGCGUGAUAAAAGCAAUAAAGAGCAUCCGAUAUUCCUCACAAAAGAUCUGAAUAACAAUGACGCCAUUCCCGUACCGGAGCAGAUGUACAGAAUUGUGUAUGACCAAGACAUGAGGCGCAGUAUCGUUUUCCUUGGAAUAAACAACGUCGAGAUAAACCCUAACGUUUCGAAGUCCAUGAUCUGUGAAGAUGUAUGUGAGCAUUCAAUGUCAUUCUUCACCGGUUGGAACAGAAAGAAUGUCUCCAAAGGUUACAUCUACUGCUGUAAGCUUCAUGAUUUCCUAACCUCCAGUGGCCUCAAGUCAGCAUUUCCGGUUAACAAUGUGCCUCUUCUUAACUGAAUCUUCUGUGAACACGACAUUCUCUGAGGAGUGUUAAGUAGACUUAUUGCUCUUCAGCUGUUCGUAGCGAUGAUCCUCCAAUGAUUCUUUUAAGUUACAGCCAGGAAAGGAAAUGGUUCCUCAGACUCGAUAGCCGCUCCAGACAAGCAGAAGAGGCAUGCAAAGACAAGCACAGGUUACGUUCGAGAAUUCGCUCUGACGUAUAUCGUAGUUAGGGAUAAGAGUUACGGCGUCUUCAGGCUUCUUUAAGAAGUGGCACUCUGAAACUUAACUGAUGGUGUCUGCCUGCACCUGCUUCAAUUUCCAUUUCUGGUUACAGCCUAUAGGCGUGCUGUCCCUCGCAGUCCCAAAAACGGGGGUCUUACAUUAGUGAGACAUUUUGUCUCGCUUCUGUUGGAUCUCUCUGUAGGCUACAUAGAAUUUCAAACUGAAACGGACACUCGCUGUGUUUAAUGUACUGUAGAAACAUAAUAUUAACCUCAUGAUAAUUCAAUUCAGUUCUUUAUUUACGUGCAAAUUUAACAGAGAAGAUGCCAAUUGCAAAGUUAGCACAUGUAAGAAGAAACAACAAUAAAAUAAUGUGGCCUAUAAAACCGUUGCUAAGAGGUGACUCUGUAAACAGCAGCCGUUGCUAGGUAAAGUCCGCUACAUACACGCAGGCAAAACUGAAACAACGUGAUGCAACCCGUUGCUAGGUAACGGAUUGGAAAAACAUGUCUACAAAAACAGAAUGAUUGUUGGAAACGGUGUUUCCUCUUUGUCCCGUGAAAAGUGGUGAAGGGAAGAAAACUGGAGCGAUCAAGUUAGUUGAGGGUUGGCAAUUCGGUGAACAAGAGUUCUUAAAGGGAGACUAAGUAGGGUUAAUGCUAUGGUUGAGUGAAAUUGAGAUGGUUCAGUUGUGGGGUAGUCGCUGGACAUAAAGGACCUGAGCGCGGGAAGCUGAAGAAUCUCCGAUGUUAGAAGACGUUGUUAGGGAACGGCUGUUGAAGACUUUGCAGGCUGGAGAGACUUAGAGUUCGCAGCGCUGAUUUGUAAAAUUUGGAGAUUAUCAAUGACUCUGUAAUUUAUUAUACGAGUAGUUCCUACUUGUGUCAAUAAAUUCUAUCCAAUCCGUACCCUGUCUACAGUCACACCCUAAAUCGUGACAAUAAUAAUAACAACAAUAAUAAUAAUAAUAAUAAUAAUAAUAAUUUUCUCUAUUAGGGUCAUGGAGAAUUUAUAAAUUGUUGAAUGGAGCAAUGAUUCUCAACCUCUUUGAUCUGAAUAUAUGGUCUAUCUUUAGUAAAAACUGGGUGAAUCUUUUUCCAAGCAGCAUAUUUAGUGAUUAUGUAAACAUAGUGUAAUUUAAUCACUAAUGGAAGUUCUUAAGGACUUGAACAUUGUAAGAUAUUCUGAUAAUAUUGUUUUGUUGUUAAUAAUUAAAUUUAACAAUAUAGUUUUGUUGACAGUAAA